AUGGAGAACGCACACACAAAGACUGUGGAGGAAGUUUUGGCUUAUUUCGGCGUCAACGAAAGCACCGGACUCAGCCUGGAGCAAGUCAAGAAGCUGAAGGAGAAAUGGGGCUCCAACGAGUUACCAGCUGAGGAAGGAAAAACCUUGCUCGAGCUUGUGAUUGAACAAUUUGAAGACUUGCUAGUUAGAAUUUUGUUGCUGGCAGCUUGCAUAUCUUUUGUCCUGGCCUGGUUUGAAGAAGGUGAAGAAACUAUCACAGCAUUUGUAGAGCCUUUUGUAAUCUUACUUAUAUUAGUAGCCAAUGCAAUUGUAGGAGUGUGGCAGGAAAGAAAUGCUGAAAAUGCUAUUGAAGCACUUAAAGAAUAUGAACCAGAAAUGGGCAAAGUGUAUCGACAAGACCGGAAGAGUGUACAGAGGAUUAAAGCAAGAGACAUUGUCCCUGGUGACAUUGUAGAAGUGGCAGUUGGAGACAAGGUUCCUGCUGAUAUAAGAAUUACUUCUAUCAAAUCUACAACUCUAAGAGUAGACCAGUCAAUUCUCACAGGUGAAUCUGUGUCUGUGAUUAAGCACACUGACCCUGUGCCUGAUCCUCGUGCUGUAAACCAAGACAAGAAGAACAUGCUUUUUUCUGGUACUAAUAUUGCUGCUGGUAAAGCUAUGGGAGUGGUUAUUGCAACAGGAGUAAACACUGAAAUUGGCAAAAUUCGUGAUGAGAUGGUGGCUACUGAACAAGAGAGAACUCCACUCCAACAGAAACUGGAUGAGUUUGGCGAGCAGCUGUCUAAAGUCAUCUCCCUUAUCUGCAUCGCUGUUUGGAUAAUAAACAUUGGUCAUUUCAAUGAUCCGGUUCACGGUGGCUCCUGGAUUCGAGGUGCUAUCUAUUACUUUAAAAUUGCUGUUGCUCUUGCUGUUGCUGCUAUUCCCGAGGGUCUGCCAGCUGUCAUUACCACCUGCUUGGCUCUUGGAACCCGAAGAAUGGCCAAGAAGAAUGCUAUUGUUAGAAGUCUUCCCUCUGUGGAAACAUUGGGUUGCACCUCGGUUAUUUGUUCUGACAAGACUGGUACUCUGACCACAAAUCAGAUGUCAGUCUGCAGGAUGUUUAUCCUGGAUAGAGUAGAAGGAGAUAGCUGUUCUCUGAAUGAAUUCACUGUAACUGGUUCAACAUAUGCACCCAUGGGAGAAGUGCAUAAAGAUGACAAACUUAUUAAAUGUAGCCAGUAUGAUGGCCUGGUGGAACUUGCAACGAUCUGUGCGCUCUGUAAUGAUUCCUCUUUGGAUUACAAUGAAGCUAAGGGAGUCUAUGAAAAAGUUGGUGAAGCUACAGAAACGGCACUUACCUGUCUGGUUGAGAAGAUGAACGUAUUUGACACAGAUUUGAAAGGACUUUCUAGAAUUGAACGUGCGAAUGCUUGUAACUCGGUGAUAAAACAACUCAUGAAGAAAGAAUUCACUCUGGAAUUCUCAAGAGACAGAAAGUCUAUGUCUGUGUAUUGUACACCAAACAAACCAAGCCGCACGUCCAUGAGUAAGAUGUUUGUUAAGGGUGCUCCUGAAGGUGUGAUUGACAGAUGUACGCAUGUCCGUGUUGGAAGUGCUAAAAUACCAUUGACCCCAGGAAUUAAGCAGAAAAUUAUGUCUGUCAUUAGAGAAUGGGGAACUGGCAGAGACACACUACGUUGCUUGGCUCUGGCAACCCAUGACAGUCCACCCAGAAAAGAAGAAAUGAACCUUGAGGACUCCUCAAAUUUCAUAAACUAUGAGACCAACCUGACCUUUGUUGGCUGUGUGGGUAUGCUGGAUCCCCCAAGAAUUGAAGUGGCUUCGUCUAUAAAGCUGUGCAGACAAGCUGGCAUUAGAGUUAUUAUGAUCACUGGUGAUAACAAAGGCACUGCAGUAGCUAUUUGCCGUCGCAUUGGCAUCUUUGUGGAAGAUGAAGAUGUUUCUACAAAGGCCUUUACUGGACGUGAAUUCGAUGAACUCUCACUUGCUGCCCAGAGAGAUGCUUGCCACCAUGCCCGCUGCUUUGCCCGUGUGGAGCCUUCCCAUAAAUCUAAAAUUGUUGAGUUUCUUCAAUCUUUUGAUGAGAUUACAGCUAUGACUGGUGAUGGUGUUAAUGAUGCCCCUGCACUGAAGAAAGCAGAAAUUGGAAUUGCUAUGGGUUCUGGUACUGCAGUGGCUAAAACUGCUUCUGAAAUGGUUUUAGCAGAUGACAAUUUCUCAACUAUUGUAGCUGCUGUGGAAGAAGGACGUGCAAUUUAUAACAACAUGAAACAGUUCAUCCGUUACUUGAUCUCUUCCAAUGUUGGAGAAGUUGUUUGUAUCUUCUUGACUGCUGCCUUGGGUUUUCCUGAAGCUCUAAUUCCUGUCCAACUGUUGUGGGUAAACCUUGUGACGGAUGGUCUCCCUGCCACUGCUCUGGGCUUCAAUCCUCCCGAUCUCGAUAUCAUGAACAAGCCACCACGUAACCCUAAAGAGCCACUGAUCAGUGGAUGGCUCUUCUUCCGUUACCUAGCUAUUGGAUGUUAUGUUGGUGCUGCCACAGUGGGUGCUGCUGCUUGGUGGUUUAUCGCUGCUGAUGGUGGUCCGAGAGUUUCCUUCUAUCAGCUGAGCCAUUUCCUGCAGUGCAAAGAGGACAAUCCAGACUUCGAUGGUAUUGACUGCGUGGUUUUUGAGUCUCCAUAUCCAAUGACAAUGGCUCUUUCUGUACUGGUCACCAUAGAGAUGUGCAACGCUCUCAACAGUCUAUCAGAAAACCAGUCCUUGAUGAGGAUGCCCCCAUGGGAAAACAUCUGGCUGGUGGGCGCUAUUUGCUUGUCCAUGUCACUUCACUUCCUUAUCCUUUAUGUGGAACCACUGCCAAUUAUCUUCCAGAUCACACCUUUGAAUGUGACUCAGUGGCUGAUGGUAUUGAAAAUCUCCCUACCUGUCAUUCUGCUGGAUGAAACACUCAAAUAUGUGGCCCGUAACUACCUGGAACCUGGUAAAGAUAGUGUGCGGCCUGCCACCAAACCCUGUUCUUUGUCAGCAUGCACCGAAGGAGUUUCAUGGCCGUUUGUGUUCAUUACUAUGCCCUUGGUUAUCUGGCUUUACAGCACAGACACUAACUUUAGUGAUAUGUUCUGGUCUUGACUGACAUGGUGACGAGUUUUCCAUUCAAAGAAAAGGUUUAACUUAAUUUUUUUAUUGUUUAGAGCAACUGUCUAUUUCUGCUGAAUUUUCACAUGAACAUAUUUGCCGGUGAUGGAGGUUUCAUAAUCUAGAUUUUGGUUGUUUAGGGUUUUUUUUUUUGCUU